AUGCUCGUCAAGGAGUCUCCAGCCGACAAGGAAGAGAAGCACUUCCUCGACUCUGCCGGCGCCAUCCAAGCACUCCUCCAGUCCUUCCCUGGCAUCGACCGCCUCUAUCAACCAUUAGAACUUAUUGGCAGCGGAUCAUUCUCGGCAGUCUUUAAGGCACUCGACGUGCGCCAUGCCAGCUUCCAGCAGACGACGCCCGAUAGCAAUAACGGCAAACGUUACCGUACGCGUCUUCAGACAGGGCAGCAGUAUGUCGCCAUCAAGCAGGUGUAUGCGUUUGCUGCUCCCUGGCGCAUCUACAAUGAACUCGAAGUCUUGCAAGACAUUCGCAACACGGGCGUCAAGCAGGUCUUGUCUAUCGUCACCGCCAUUCGCCACUUUGACCAGAUCCUCAUUGUCUUGCCAUUUAUCCAGCAUGCAGAGUUUCGAGACUACUUUGACUGCUAUCCCCUUCGCAACAUCGCGUGCUAUCUGCGUGAUCUCCUUCUUGCCUGCCAUGCUAUUCACACACUAGGCAUUGUGCACCGAGACAUCAAGCCUGGCAACUAUUGCUGGAAUCCAUACAUCAAUCAAGGUGUCUUGGUGGACUUUGGAUUGGCUCAGUAUGAGGACAUGAUUGAUGAAGGUAUUCCUGCAUGCGGUUGCCUCAAUGAGCAAGUCGCACUCUUAACAACACACGACAUUGAGGAACAACGUUCCCGCAUGCGACCUGUUGGGGAACUCAAGAAUGACCGACGUCGCUCAAAACGCGGCGAGCGAGGCGGUACACGAGGCUUCCGUGCUCCAGAAGUGCUCCUUCGUUGCAGCAGGCAAUCAACCGCUAUUGAUGUUUGGUCUACUGGGAUCAUCCUCCUCUGCUUCCUUUGCCAACGCAUGCCCUUCUUUUGCGCUGAAGACGAUCUUGUCGCCUUUGUUGAACUAUGCAACGUCUUUGGCACAGAGGAGAUGAGUCACUGUGCGACUGUUCAUGGUUGUUUGCUUGACAUUAAUCUGCCUGGUGUCCCUGUGCAUCGCUAUGCUUGGCAACACCUCGUCAAGAGCUUGCUGGGCAUGCCGAGUCUGGAACCAGGCGCUUACCCUUGGCUGGAAGAAGGAGAUGAUAUCCUCUUACAACAGGCAUUUGACUUCCUCGACAAGGCACUCGAAUUGGAUCCAUUUCAUCGGCACACCGCUGGCGAGUUGCUUGAACAUCCAUUCCUGCAGUGCGUUUAUCUCUCUUAA